UGUGCUGAUGUCAGGGGUACAUCCGACUCCAGUGCAGCAUUUCAUGGUGCAGGGUGGACACGCCGUGCCAUCUGCCUUCGCCUGUCUGGGUUUUCCUUCUUCUUCUUCUUCCUCUUCUUCCGAGAUUACCCUCGCCUCACACAUGCACGCCAGACAAGGAGAAGGAAGCUGCAACCAGUUGUCAAGAUGUGGACGUUGUUGCGUUGUGUGUGCGUUGUGUUAUUCUCGUGUCUGUGUCAACCGGCGCAUCUGAGGAAGAUCCGGUGUCCUUCGACAUGCAGUUGCUCCAAAGAGUCCAUUAUCUGCGUCGGGGGCACCAACGUGCCGAGGAUUAGUCCCAACGACAUCAAUUCUCUGAGCCUGGUGAACGGAACCUUCUCAGAGAUCAAGGAGGCCAUGUUCUCCCACAUGCAGUCCCUCCAACUCCUACUCCUGAAUUCCAAUUCUCUAACCACUAUACGAGACGACGCCUUCUCUGGCCUGCCUCACCUGGAAUACCUAUUCAUUGAGAGCAACCAACUGGAGACGGCAUCAAAAUAUUCAUUCAGGGGACUCCGGGACUUGACUCACCUGUCUUUGGCAAACAACAAGAUAAAGGCCUUGCCCAGGGAUCUCUUCUUUGACCUGGACUCAUUGAUCGAGCUGGACCUGCGCGGCAACGCCUUUGAGUGCGACUGCCGGGCAAAGUGGCUGAUGUCGUGGCUGAAGAGCACCAACGCCACGGUGUCCGAUGUCCUGUGUGCCGGGCCGGAGGCCAUGAAGGGCAAGCGGCUCAAUGACAUGACCAGCCUGCACAACGAGUGUACCUCCACAGAUUUCACUCUCCACCAGUCCGUGGCCUCGGAAUCACUGUCGGUGGACACGUUCACGUACAAGAAUGACGUCUACGUGGCCAUUGCUGCUCCCAACACUGAGAGCUGCAUGGUUAUGCAAUGGGACCACAUCGAGAUGAAUUUUAGGACGUACGACAAUAUCACAGGGCAGUCCAUUGUGGGGUGCAAGGCUGUGGUCAUCCAGAGCCUGGUGUUUGUCAUUGUGGCCCAGCUCUUUGGAGGCUCCCACAUUUACCAGUUUGACGACGACCAGAGCAGAUUCAACAAGUUCCAGGACAUCGAGGUGUCCAAGAUCUCCAAGCCCAACGACAUCGAAACCUUCCAGAUCGCCGGCGACUGGUUCUUUGUGAUCGCCGACAGCUCCAAAGCGGGCCUGUCCACGCUGUACAAGUGGAACGGUAAGGGCUUCUACUCGCACCAGUCGCUGCACGAGUGGUUCCGCGACACGGACGCAGAGUUCCUGGACGUGGACGGCAAGGCCCACCUCAUCCUGGCCAGCCGCUCCCAGGUGCCGGUCAUCUACCAGUGGAGCCGCAGCAACCAGAAGUUCGUCCAGCAAGGCGAGAUCCCCAACAUGGAGGACGUGGUGGCGGUGAAGCACUUCCGGGUCAAGGAGGAACUCUAUCUAGCCAUGACGCGCUACAUCGGGGACUCCAAGCUGCUGCACUGGGGCGCCAAGCAGUUUGUGGAGAUCCAGGCGUUGCCGUCGCGAGGCUCCAUGAUCCUGCAGCCCUUCUCCUUCAAGGAGCGGCACUACCUGGCGCUGGGCAGCGACUACACCUUCUCGCAGAUCUACCUGUGGGACGCGCAGGAGAAACAGUUUGAGCGCUUCAAGGAGGUGUACAUCCAGGCGCCGCGCUCCUUCACCCUGGUGUCCACCGGCCGCCGGGACUUCAUCUUCUCCUCCAGCUUCAAGGGCAACACUCAGAUCUUCGAGCACAUCAUCAUUGACUUGAGCUUGUGAGUGCGACCGGGGUCUCCAGAAGGCUGGACGAGGGGCCCCAUUGCAUCCAAAGUCUUCCACUCUACACGUGCGCUUUCCUUUUAUUGUAAACGCAGAAGUAGAGGGAAGGGAUACGACAAACGUCCUAAGUUAUUGCUAUGAUUUAAUUCUGGAUUAUUUUUGUAAAUAGUAGACUUCUAGGUCGGAUCCUAGUCUUUUUAUCAGACUGGAUAUCUUUAGCUUCCGUCCAACCUGCUUAGUCUCAUGGCUUGUCAUUAGUUGUGAAGUGCAAGCAUAUCGAAAAGGUGUUGACCCACUAAAGGCUUGACAAACCCACCUAUCUACAUUUCAAUCCUCUGCCAAACAAAAUAAAAUAAAUGUUCAGCCUUACAUGAGCAUGGGAUGAUAAAAAUUCAUUAAUUUUGCAAGGAUUUCAAUGUUCCAUACGUUUGUACCAGCACGACACUGGUCCAACUUUAUCCCACAUACUUGACUUUCUGUUUUAGUUCAGCCAAGACAUUAAGGAUUGUGGUUGCUCAUCAGUGUAAAAUUACCUUGUCUAACCCAGUGAAACUGCAUUGCCCCCUAUUGGCUGGGAAGACUCAAAACACUCCCUUGCUUUGAAGUCAGGUAAAAGUCUCCGAAGCAGAAACCUUUAGCUUUGGUUUCUGCUAGGAAGUGGUAUCUAGUCAUUGUUUUAUCAUACUUUUGAUAUGAUGUAUUAAGGGUUAGGGGGGCAUAUCUUUUGUGUCCAGAGGUAGAAUAGUUUGCUGUAAUUUUUCGUAGUGCAAAGAAAAAUAACCACUCAGAGGUUAAAUAGGAACAAAUCAUAGGAGCUACAUUAGAAUUCAUUAGUAAAUAAACAGAUGUUUUUGGUGGAGGACCACAUGCAUCAUUUAGCAUUUACAUAGGCCUAUUCAUGAACAUAUUAUUUGGGAUCCAGAUCCAGUUUGAGACAGAAUUUAGCAUUUGCAUCUCUUGUAAACACAAGGAGGUAUUGAACUACACCGGCCUGUGUUGAAAUGCCUUUCCUGUCCUUAAUACCAUUUCCUUUCCCUCGAAAUGAUGAAUGUGGAAAAUAACAACAAGUGUAUGAUCACAAACUAGUUUUUGCAUCUAAAAAUUAUGCAUUUUGCAACAGCAUGGCAUUCCUCAACAGAAUGUUUAGCAAAAGAUUUUUUGUGAUACAACAUUGACAUUCUCCAAGCAAAGAGUGUUUACCUACGCUGAAGGAAUGCCUUUGACCGGGGCGGGAUUGAUAUCCAGGCUGUAUCAUAACGUUCGGAUUACGUUUUUAAACUAACUUUAAGCCUGGUGAAUGUUUCUCUAAAACGAUACUGUAAACGAUCUACUAAAUAUCAAAAUAAAUACGAUUUACAACUAUGA